UCCAAUAGGUAAGCAGGUAUAAGGGGGGACCUUCCGUGGGGCAUAACCUCGCAUCCGGCAUCAGUCGACAACAAACAACCAGCGGGUAGAAACGCGACUGUUGAAAAACGUAAGUGGAGCCGGUAUAAACAGAACAAACCAUAACACAAUUUUUAAUCGACUUUUACAGUUUCAUUUACAAUCAGUGCCAUUUUUGGGACUUGUUUGGUUACCCAACCAUUCCUGUGGAUUUUUCUUAAUUUUCCCAACGUGAAAAUAUUGUUUUUGGUGUGUAUGAGCUUUAGAGACGCUUGUCUAUAAAGUAAAUAACUUCGGACUGGCUUGGAUCCGCGAAUUUUUUGUUCAAUAUUUGGUAGACUUGACCUUGACUCUUUCUCGCAUUGGACCCUGUUCUGCGAUAUUUAAUUAAGUGACUUCUUCGCUGUUUAUUUGCUAAAGUUGUGUGGUGGAACAUUUCUUGUGGAACGAAAAUAAAUACCAAAAGCGGAAAGCGGGUACACCUCGAUAACUUUUUUAGUAACUUUAUUGGUUUUUCAAUGUCCUAUAUGAUUCAUCCGGCGUUUAUUUAGGAUUUUGCCAGUUGCCAAAGAUAAACUAAAAUUAGUCGAAAAGUCUAAUUUCACGAAGCGAGUUAAGAUAUAAUGUUGUAUUCAACGUUUUAAAGACAGUUUAGUUUUCGUGAGUGACGAAACACACAAUUCCAUCAUGGAACGACAUUUAACUUUGUUGUUAUUAUUAACACUGUCAUAUUCGUGUGGUUGCCUUAGUUCGAGAGAUCUGCUGGAUCAAUACGUGGCUCAUAUAGAAGAAAUCAAUAACGUUUACACACACGAUAGCCAAAGACAUUUGAACUUAGAUUUUCAAGACCAUUCAGCAAUAAACAACCAUGAAGCAUCUAAGCAUAAAUUAGAUUCCUUUCGUCAGAACGAUGACAGGGUGAAAAGGGAUGCGUUUUCGUACGAUUUCAAUCAAUGGACCCAUUCAGCAGUUUUGGACAAAAAUGGAAAAGUAUUACUGAGGUGGCAGCCUCGUCAUCAGGAAAUUUCCUUCAGAAUUGAGGCGGCGACGAGGGGUUACAUUGGAUUGGGGUUCAGCCCCAACGGCGGCAUGGAGGGUGCUGAUAUCGUGCUCGGGUGGAUCGACGAUAACACCGGCAAAGCAUAUUUACUCGAUUGUCACGCCGGUCCAAGGAGUCAGGGUAGUGCUCCAAUCCGCGACGAAAUCUCAAAUUAUAGACUUUUAAGUGGUUCUCAUAAUGACACUCACACCAUGCUAGAAUUCAGAAGAGCCCUUGAUACUUGUGAUCCAGAUGACUUUGUCUUAGGAUCAGAUACUGUGAAAGUCAUCUGGGCUCUUCACGACAUAGAUCCGUCUCUCGGAGCUGAAAUGGUGUAUCAUGGUAGUAAUAGAGGAAGUCAAAGCGUCCAUCUCAUUGGGCCUCCUCAAAUACCAAAACAAAUUAGUCAAACUCGAAAUUGGGAUGUCACCCUAAAGAAUUUCGAAGUCAAAGAGGAAACAACCUAUUGGUGUAAAGUCUUCAAAGCACCAGUCCUGCAGCAAAAACAUCAUGUGGUCAGUUUCGAACCGUUGAUAGGACCAAAUCACACCCAGCACGUUCAUCAUAUGCUACUUCAUGAAUGUGUUAUAGACUAUACCAUACCUAGUAUAGAGAAAUGGGAAAAAUUUGCUACCGAAAUUGGAAGACCUUGCUAUGCCAACGAAAUGCCACCAGAAUGGGAAAGAUGCUUGACUCCGUUGGUAGCGUGGGCAGUUGGAUCAAAUGGCGAAACUCUUCCCGAACACGUUGGAUUACCUCUGUCGCCACGAACACCAUCGUUUUAUAUGCUCGAGGUGCAUUUUGACAACCCAUCAAUGAAGAAGUCGGUAGACACGUCCGGAUUGAGACUACAAUAUACUAAUAAACUUAGACCAAACGAAGGUGGUGUUAUGGUAACUGGGAUUACAAUUUCUCCUCUGCAUUUCAUCCCACCUCUUCAAAACGAAUAUAAAUCUGCUGGUUAUUGUAGCGUGGACUGCACAAGAGAGGUGAUGCCCAAAGCUGGUAUAAAUGUCGUUUCAGUUCUUCUACAUUCUCAUUUGGCUGGCAGAAAAUUAAAGUUGAGACAUAUACGUGGCGGGAAGGAACUGCCACCAAUAGUACAGGAUGACCAUUACGAUUUCAACUAUCAACAAUCGCGAGCAUUGUCCCAUGAAGUAACAAUUCUACCAGGCGAUGGGUUAGUAACCGAAUGUACUUAUUCCACAUUAGACAGGAAGAAACCCACUUUAGGUGGUUAUUCCACAAGGGAAGAAAUGUGUUUGGCUUUCGUUCUGCAUUAUCCAAGAACACAAUUAGCUGGAUGCUAUUCCAUGCCUCCAAUCAGAUAUUUCUUCAAGAAUCUAGGAGUCAACGAAUUUUACAAUAUGAACAUGACCGAGAUCGAAGGGAUGUUCCUUCACGGAUUGCCCGAUUCGACUGCUGCUCCAUUAACUUCAUCGACAUCAUUAUUUCCGCCUUAUAAAGCUGGCGACGAGAACUCGAUCGAAGCAAAUCAAAAGGCAAUAUUAGCUUUGCAAAAUGCAAAAGAAUUUACGGAAGGAGAAUCGGCUGCUGGCUUCGGGCCUUUCGAUAAUUUAAUCAUCAAAGCACCAAACGAGUUCAAAAAUAAAAGCUUUAUGUCCCAUUUAAGAAACAUUCCCUUCAAUGAAACAUUGCUUACAAAACGCAUCGAGGAAUAUUUUUAUACAGGUCUGCAUCUGACAUUUUGUAGAAGAAGGAACGAUACUUUGGCCUUGCCCGAGAAAGUUGAAACGUUUCCUAAUUUUACUGCCUACGAAGAUGACCUCACAAAUAAAAUACUUUGCAGCUACAGAACGAAACUGACAGGCGAAAAAAUCAAUGCCGCCACUACAAUAAAAUUGCACCCCAUGUUUCUUUUGUUUUGUCUAGUCCAAAUUUUGCGCCAUCUUGAACGGAUUUGAAUACAAAAAAUAAACAAAUAAUAGAUUAUACCCUUAUACACCUAAACCAAAGAUAAACUCAAAAUUAUUGCCAAACCAUUUUGAAAACUUCGCUCGAAUGUUUUCAUCACUUAUUAAGUAUAAUAUGUAAUAUAGGUAAAUAUUUCAGUCAGUGCCGUACUGUGAUAUUUUAGUUAAAAAAAGAUACUUGGGCGCCUAUAAAUUCCCAAAAUUAAAAACUAAUAAAUUUUUAACCUUCAAUUAGGUACCAUCAGAAAAAAAUGCUACUAGGAAUAGCAACACACUGUUUUAAUAAUAAAAGUGGUACAACAAAAGAUUUGGGGAUGCAAAUUUAUCUCUAAGGUUUUGAAAAUCAUUUUUGCAUUUUAUAAGUAUAUAACAUACAUACCAUUAUUUACGUAUGUGAAACAUAAUCACAAUAAAUCUUGUUCUUGUAUGCUAACUAUAAACGUAAGCACAUUGUUUCGUCAAUUUUUCGUGCUUUUUUUGGCUUUUGUUUUUUUUUAAACAAAGAAAAGUAAGCAUUAAGUUUAGUUAAUUCAAUAGGCUUGCGAACUAUCGAAUUCUUGAAUGAGUUUCAUUUUCAUUGUGUUAGUGGUUAUAUAAAUAGGUACAUUUAGUUUUAUUUAAGACUGAAUGUUAGGUUUUGUACAUUUUUUUGUGAAUAUUUUUUGUUAAUUUGAUAGUAGGUAUUUAUUUUUUUUCCAUGCUGUGACUUAGGUUUUAAGUAUCUACCUUUUGAUAAUUGUAUUCGUAAGUACACUUUUGUAAUCAAAUAGUAGAAAUAGGUUUUAAUAAUAAAA